AUGGGCUGCUCCAGCAGCGCCCUCAACAAGGCCGGAGACAGCAGCAGGUUCCGCAGCGGUGAGACAGGAGAAAAGAUGGAAACAGAGAUAGAGAAUGAGAAAGUAAGUGAAAGGGCUGAAACAAAAGAAGAAGAAACAGGAGAAGCUGUGGAUCUUUCAGCAGCCACAGAACUAGGGAUGGCGACAGAAGGGUGAACAGACACAGCCUGUUUCAGUAGAGAGGUGAAGUUUGUGGUUGUGCAUCAUUUUGUGAGUGUGGUUAUGGUUCUUAACUCUCUACAGCUACAUGUUUUGCCCAAGGCAUGUGGUUGUAGGUAGACUGUUGGAAUCAUGAGAGUGAUGCCAUGUUCUUGACUGUAUUGUUCCAUAAAACGGCUAAGCUGGGAACGGUUUUCUUAGCUACUUAGGACAGUCUCACAUUUAAAAUCAUAAUAGUCAGAGUCAAUAAACACUGGGGUAUAUGACCAUUUAAGAGUGUGAGGGUGCCUUUCUUCAUUAGGCAAUGGGUUCACUCAGUACAGGAAAUGAGACCCUAAAUUAGGUGCCCUAUACCUAAAUAUAAGGUAUAGACCUUUAGACACAGAAGACUGGAGAAAGAAGGUAGCAAAUUUUAGGAGCCUUCAUGAUAAUAAGGUCACAUAGUUUAAUUAUGAUGGAAUAAGAAAAAACACCACAAAAAUAGGACAAAGUAGAACUAGUAUUUCUCUCCUAUCAUAGAGCUGGUAGGAACCUUAGAAGGCAUACCAUCUAAUUACCUUGUCACCUUGUCUCUCUACUACCAAGAGCCUUAUUUAUCAUGAUAUAGUAUGUUAACAAAAUGCUUUUCAAAGGAAUGCAGCAUUGGUACUAUUACAAGAUUAGUCAUUUUUUUGCAAUGAAGGUUCCACAUUUUCCAUGUGCCAUUUUGAAUCAGCAGCUGAUUUUUACACUUAUGUGAGGGGUUGGACUAACAUUAAAAGCAUUUUAAAUUAAUUGACAUUUAAUAUAUUUCAGAGGCAACAAACUCCAAGGAUUAAAUUCUAGAUUUAUUGCUUAUGUGGUGUCUUCCUGGGCCCUAUUCUUUUUUAGAUGAUUGAAGCUUAAUAUUAGGUUUUAGAGGUGGGAAGAAGUUAAGAAAUCCAAAUAUUUAUAAUAUUUUGUUAGUGUAAACAUUAGGCAGCACAGAAAAUCACUUUUCAAGAAUUCUUCCAAAGUUGGAAAGGGAUUUGGUAAAUGAUUGUACAUGAAUAAUAAUAUGAUUGCUAAUUUGUCCACCAAGUACCUGGUGUUUAUGAAUAUUGGUAGAAUUCUGGAAAUAUUUGGUUUCUAUUAUUUGUAUAUAUAUGUAUAUUUUAAGGUAACUGCUAAGAUGAAUUAGCUACUCUUUAGUGUCUACAUUAAAAUGACUACUGAGAGGAUCUGUGGAAAGAAUACAGGAUACAGGGAAGAGCAUAUCAUUGUGGUUCUGAUUUUAGUAUUAGUUUAUGCUUUUGACUUUAAAGUGUUCAAAAGAGACAAAAGAGGAGUUCCUUGAGUGGAACUCAAGGAUGUCAUCCUAUCUGCAAAAUAAAGAAGCUGUAUUGUGAUUUCAUUGAGAUAAAACUUUGUUUUAUCUGUCUUUGAUUUUAGGCAUUUAGCUCCCUUAAUGGUACUCUAAACUUACAUUAACUCAAUAAAUAUUCAUUUAUGGAGGGUUCCUAUUUACACUGAAUUCAUUAGAAAAUAAAACAUUUAAAAUAUGAAUUUGUGUGACACUAUCUAAUUCCUGUCUGGGAAACAGGAAAAUCCAUUUUCACGUCAUGAAUGCUCAAGCUCAAAAUGAAUAGUUUUAUGUUUGGUGUAGUUCCAAAAACAGCAGAAUAUUUAGGUCAGAAAGUUAUAUUAAUCAAGAACUGAUAAAACUUAUGUUUUGAGCUACAUAUUUUCAUUCAAAAAUCUUUUUUUUUCCUGACCAGAAGAUAUUUUCAUACAGGUAUUUAGUAAGUAGAAAACAUCAAGGCAGAUAAGUAUGUGAGAUAAUUAAUAUGUUAAUUAGCUUGAUUCAAUCGCUACAGAAUGCACACACAUACAUCGAUGUCAUUGUACUUCAUGAAUAUUUAUGGUUACUACUUGUCAAUUAAAAUAGAAUUUGCAAAAGGUCAAAACUUAGUAUAAAAUAUAAAUGGUUACCUUAAUAAAUGGAAUCAUUCUUUCCAUCAAGUACUGAAAUAGAAGGAUUAAUUAAUAGGCAUAAAAGUCCAUUCUUUUGGUAACUUAUUAAAAAAUACUUUUCCAAAGUGUUAAUAAAUUCCAUUUUUUUCCAUUAGUGUG